AUGAGCAAACGUCGCGUGCCUCUUUCUCUCGAGGACCUCAAACGGAAGAGAGAUGAAGAGCAGGCCAGAGCCUCGAAGCCCCUGUUCGUCUCGAAGGAAGAGCGCCAGCGAGCAGCACUCGAGCGCCUCAAAAGGCGCCGAGAGGACGAAAAUGCUGCGCAGAAAGCGGGGCGAGACUCUCGCGGUUUCGGACAAAAUGCUCAUGAUGCUAGAGGCGUAAGAGACCCGUACGGCAGGGAAAACGCAGGUAGGAAUGCUAAGCGCCCGAGAACACGCUUUGAACGGAGCGGAAACGGCGAGGUAGCACCCGGCGACACGACGGUUGAUAAAAAGGAGCUGGAAGAAAUUAGAAGACACUACAUGAGAAUCCCAGAGAAGAAGAAAACUGAGAGCAACACACAGACUGAAAGAUACCGAUUUCGGUAUGACUGGGACCAGUCGGAAGACACCAUGGCGGGCGAAGAUGAGUAUCGAAUAAUGCUACGAAAGCAGACCGCGGCUGCGACAUUACAGUUUGGCAGGGGAAGAAUCGGAGGAAUGUCUGAUGUUCCAGCUUCUGCUAAGCGAACGGGAAAAACUUCUUACUUGUACGACGCACGGCACUGGUCUCAAAAACGGCGUAGCGAAAUGACCGAUAGAGACUGGCGCAUAUUUCGAGAGGACUACGUCAUCUCGUACAGGGCAUCAAAUGUGAAAACACCGAAACCCGCACGCUCGUGGGAUGAAACAGGGUUGCCCAAUUCCUUACUUCGUCUGGUUCGCGAUGUAGCCAAAUACGAAAAGCCAUCGCCUAUUCAAAUGGCCACAAUCCCUGUGGGUCUUGAAAAGAGGGACUGUAUUGGUCUUGCUGAGACUGGAUCUGGCAAGACUGCAGCUUUCGUUUUGCCCAUGCUUGUACAUAUUGCUUCGAUGCCCCGGAUGACGAGAAAAAUUGCAAUGAGAGGGCCGUACGCACUAAUUCUAGCCCCAACACGGGAGUUGGCCUUACAAAUCGAAGCGGAAGCUCUAAAGUUUGCAAAGCCGCUGGGAUAUAGGGUUGUUCAUGUGAUCGGUGGACAGGGGCUCGAAGAACAAGCUGCAUCACUUCAAGACGGAUGCGAGAUUGUGGUCUGCACACCCGGUCGAAUGAUUGAUCUUUUGUCAAAGCAAAUGGCGGCACUCGGCAAUUGCAAUUACUUGAUCCUGGACGAAGCUGACAGAAUGAUCGACAUGGGGUUUGAAGAGCCGCUUUCAGAAAUUCUAGACUCGAUGCCUCAUCUUGGACAAGAAAGCAGCAAGCGAAGACAGACAUUCAUGUUCAGUGCCACAAUGUCCCCACCUGUUGAGAGAAUUGCUAAAACUUACUUGCACGAACCAGUCAUUGUGUUGAUUGGAGAGACUGGCAAGGCAGCAGACAAUAUCAUUCAGAGGGUCGAAUACUUCACGACAGAAAAUCGGCGAAGAGAACGCUUUUUAGAGCUUGCCGAAACUUUACAGCCCCCCACCCUGGUUUUCGUGAACACAAGAGGGGGCUGCGAAAUGGUGUCAAGACUCAUUAGCGAAAAUUCCCACGUUCGACCUGUGAUAAUGCACUCUGGGAAAUCACAGGAGCAGCGUGAGAAAACUCUCGAAGGUUUCCGAACAGGCCGCUAUCCGGUUCUCAUUGCAACAGAUGUUGUAGGGCGCGGUAUCGACAUUAAGGGUGUGCGCAAUGUAGUGAAUUUCGAGUUGCCAAAGACUAUUGAACCGUACACUCACCGGAUCGGUAGAACUGGUCGCGCUGGUGAGAAGGGAACUGCGUGGUCUUUAGCCACGAAGUCAGAUGCAGAUUUGUUUGGACCGCUUUCGCAUCUCCUAGAGCAAGCGGGGGCAAAAAUUCCGAAGGAGAUUGCCAAGGAAGCGGGUCAGGGCGGUCGAGGAGGUCGUGGUUUUCGUGCUAUCACAGAUUAG